AUGACUUCAGAAAUAUCAUGGAACAAUCAAUCUUCAUCAAUAUCAUCUUCAUCAACUUCUUCAACAUCAUUCAAUGAUUAUUAUUAUUAUGAUAGAUCACAUCAUUUACACUAUCUAUUUCGGUAUCCUUAUAAACAUGUUGUAAAAUUACAGAAAUUGCAAUCAACUCAAGAAACAGAAGUUAAACAAUUUCAGCAUAAAGAUGAUGUACGCAUAAAACUUGAAAGUGAAUUAUGCCAAAAAGUACGUGAAGCAGUAAAAACUCCACCACGUGAACGAUUAAUUCGUAGACGUUUAAAUGAAUUUCAGUAUGAAGUACGUAAACGUUUAGAAGGUGAAAAACAGAAGAAACAUUUAGCUACACAAAUGAAUGAAGUUAUCACCUUAGGAUUGAUAUCUGGUACACAUUCUGUUGACAAUCCAUUGAAUAUGAAUAAAGAAGUUGGUAUCAUGGAUUUACGUCUACAUCCAGAAUCAUAUCAACAAAAUUUAGGUUGGUAUAAACAAUCUGAUACAAAGGUGAACAGUCAACGAAUACAAUGGAAUAAAAAGAACAUUUUUACCGAAGGAAAAUUUAAGAAGAUAAAAUUUUUACUGAUUGACCAGAAGGAAUGUAAAUCUGGUAGCGAUUCGACGGAAGCAACGUCUAUCGACACCCAUGAAGGGUCACUGAAAAACUUGAAUAAAAUGAUCACUUUCAGAGAUACUUUUAAUAGAAAUGAUUCUCUAUUUUGCUUAAAUACUACUCCAGAUAUUGUAAAAGGAUAUUAUCAUUCGAAUAUUGAUCAAGUAAAUACUCAUAAUGAUAAUAAUCAGAGAAUGAAGAUAUCAUCAUUAAGAUCAUGUUCACAUACUAUAUGGAAUCGAUUAGAAGAGAUUAAAAGGGCUAGUGUAUACAUAAAACAACCAUUGAACAAUUCAAUGGAUACUAUAACCUCAUUGACAAGAUUCCAACAUGAUAAUGAAUAUAAAUUAAUAUUGAAUGAUACAUUUACAUUCAAUUGGAAUACAAUAAUAUAUAAUGAUAAUAGUAUAAAUCAAUCUACUAAUGAAUAUUUACAUCAAUAUCUAUAUAAUUACAAUUUAUUGGAGGAUUAUUUAAGUUAUGAAGAUGUUCAGCUAUUGAAUAAAUAUUCUAAACUAUAUCAGAGUAAAUUAUUAUUAGAUAAAAAGAGUAAUAGAAGUAAACAGUGUCAUAUUGUUACACGUCAGUCAGUUUUAGAACAAUUUGGAAGAUUAACUGAUGAUGAGAAACAGUUAUUCUACUUUAGUGCAACAAGAGCAGCUUAUUUAAUGGGAUCAAGUGAACCACAACAUAAAUUACCAGAUGGAACACAAUAUCGUUUAGUUAAUCAAUCAGAAAUCCAACCAUUAGAUUCUAUUAUAAUCAAUAAUUUAUUCAUAGAUCCAAUCAAUCAAUUUCAUAGUGAAACUGGAAAUGUUAAGAAAUUGACUAAUCAUUGUAUAAAUAUACCCAAUAACACUACAAAUACUAGUCGACAAGCAAAAAAUUCUGUUUACACAUUACCAACAUUUAUUGAUUGGAGUGCAGUUGUACGAGAUAGACAUGGACCAUUUUGGCCACAAGGUUAUGGACCUAUAUGUCAAAUUCUACAUAAUGUACACGCAGAAGAGAAAGGAAAGCUUAUCAACAACAACAAUAAGUCAUCACUGCCAGAUUAUACAGAAGAACUGAAUCAACUGCGUGGCAGACAAACUUUAUUCAAAGGUAUACAAGUAGUCUACGAUUCAGAAACCAGUCCAUAUCUUUUAGAGUCACAAGAUUCAUCAUCAUCAUCAUCAUCAUCAUCAUCAUCAUCAGGUUCAGUUAACAUGCAUCAGUUAAUCAAAGAUACCGAGGAUAUAAACCAGUGGUCACCACCGUGUUUAAUAUUUGAGUCAAGAUUUGAGUCGGGCAAUUUACGACAAGUUAGACGAAUUGGUCCAUUCCAUUAUGAAUUAUUACUCAAACCUGAUUUGUAUACAAAACGACAUGUUCAAUGGUAUUUCUUCUGUAUACGUAAUACUUUACCUGGUUUCACAUACACCUUCUUGAUUAUAAAUUUCACAAAACCAACUAGUCUAUAUUCACAAGGCUUGCAACCUUUAUUGUAUUCCAAAAUCAAUACUCAGCAAAACGGUAAAAAAUGGAUACGUAUUGGAAAAAAUAUCAAAUACACGCGUAAUACAACAAAUCUUACAAAUCAUUUGCUUGAUACAAGUGGAGAAUAUUAUCAAUUGGAAUGGGAUAUGGAAUUCCCAUAUGCUGAUGAUAUAUGCUAUUUAGCCUAUUCCUAUCCUUAUACAUACACACAAUUAAAAUAUGAUUUGAAUGAAUUACUGCUGGAGGUGAAAAAAGAUGAAACUCUGGAGAAAACAAUAAAAUGUGAAGUUCUCUGUCAAACUAGAGCUGGAAAUUCAUGUUUCCUGAUUACAAUAACUGAUGAAAAUAUAUCCAAUAAAGAGAAGUAUGCAGUUGUUAUCACUGGACGUGUACAUCCUGGUGAAACGAAUUCCAGUUGGAUGAUUCUUGGAUUCAUUCGAUUUCUUAUGGAUAAUAAUAAAGUUGCUAAUGAAUUGAAACAAUACUAUACCUUCUAUAUUAUUCCAAUGAUGAAUCCUGAUGGUGUAAUUGUUGGCAAUUACAGAUGCUCAUUGACAGGCAGAGAUUUAAAUCGUAAUUAUCGUCAGCCAAGAAAAGAUGUUUUCCCAACUGUAUGGACGGUGAAACAACUUGUGAAAUGGUGUAAAAAGAUGUACAAGGAUGUCAUUUAUUGUGAUAUGCAUGGACAUAGUCGACGUAACAACAUAUUUAUGUAUGGUUGUGAUCCAUCGAAUAGAUAUUCGAAAAUUUUUAAUACUACUGAAAAGAGUCUGCAGGAAAGAAUCUUACCCUAUAUUAUAUCACAACAGGCAUCUAGAUAUUUUUCAUUCGCCAAUUGUCGUUUCACUAUUCAUCCAUGCAAAGAAGCCACUAGUCGAGUUGUUUUCUGGCGAGAAUUUGAAGUUGUUAACAGUUUCACAUUAGAAGCAACCUUCAAUGGAUCAACUUUAGAAAAUAAAACUUUAGUGAAAUUUGAUGUGACAGACUUUUUGGAAAUGGGUGAAAAAUUGGGUCAUUCAUUGUAUACAUUCCAUGAGACAAUAUCAAAUCCAGGGAAACUUAAACAAACUUUAACAAAUUUGGCUAGAGAAACAUUGAUCAACCUUUACAAAACUCGUAUCCCAUUAAUACCUGAUCAGCACACAAUAACAAAGGAAUAUACAGAUAAUAAUAAUAAUAAUGGAAUAUCACGUGAUUUCUUAUCACCUGAAUUAAAAAUCAAUAAUUUCCAUGGAUUGAAAUCAUAUUCUUCUUCUCCUACUGAAAGAUUAUUACCAUGGAAUAAUCAAUUUGAUAAAAAGUUAUUAAGGAAUUCAACCACCAUUUUGUAUAAUAAAGAUGAUGAUGAUGCGAUCAAUACAUUUGAAACUGUGGUCAAGGUCAUUCGUUUGUUAGAAAAAUCAAUCGAAUUUAAAACUAUACAAUUGGAUGAAGAUGAUGAGAAUAGUAUACAUGAGAAUUCAAGCAGUACAUCAAAUUCGAAUUCAGAUAGUGAACCAGAAAUGAUAUUUACUACUGAAAAUUAUUUAAAUUAUAAAUUCAAUUUUCGUGGUGAUUACAUAUUACAUAAUCAAACAGAAAAAGAAAUAAAUAAUGAAAUAAAUCAAAUGGAUCAUUUAACAGUAGAUAAAACAAAUGAAAUGAAUAAAUUGAAAAAGAGACGAAGAAGAAAAACUCAUCAUCAUCAUUUUCGUCGCCGUCGUCGUCAUCACCAGCAGCAGCAGAAGUCUUCAUUUCAACAAAACUCUAAGAAUGAUAUUUCAUAUCAUACACCAAUACCAUUAUCAUCAUCAACUUCAUCAUCAUUAGCAGCUCCAUCAGUUCAACAACUUGACCAUAAUCAUACUCAUACUCAUAAUAAUAAUAAUAAUAAUAAACAUUAUCAAAAGGAAACAGGUGUGAAAAUCAAUACUCAGAACAACAGAGAAAUACAAAACAGAGGAUUGUACUUUGUAAGCAGAUAUGCUGGACAAUCGAAUCGAGGUAUACCGUGUUUUGUUGAAAAGAGGCUGUUUCAUCGUUCAUGUCAGAAAAUUCGAUCAGUAUGGAAGAAGAUCGAUUUAACCAAUCCACAAACACUUCAUGCUCAACAAAAAUUCGUGGAACGAUUUACUGCCAGUUUAGAAACAAGAAUAAAUCAAUUACAAAAGGAUGGAACGUUAAGUAUCGAUAUCUUGAAGUAUUUAAAACAAAUCCACUUUGAAGCACAACAACAAAUACAAUUUAUUCAUAAUCAUUUACAAAUAACAAACAGAAACACUUAUAAAUCAUUAUCAAUUAAUAGUAAUGGGAUUGGUCUACCUCCUCCACCUUUACCAGUUUUUACUACAGGUUAUCAUAUGAAAACAUAUUCCCCUAUUAUAGGUGGUGGUGGUGGUGGUGGCGGCGGUGA